AUGAACACCGACAUCGAUGACACGGUUAAGCGACUCAUGGCUCAAAAGAACACCACUGGCGUCGUAAUCAUGGAUUAUUCAGGCCGAGCAAUACGUUCAACACUAGAAGAAGAAGCCACUGCUCAAUACUGCCAAGCCAUCCACCAACUGACGGACAAGUCGAAAGGCGUAGUUCGGGACCUGGAUGGAACCAACGACCUCACGUUCCUUCGCCUUAGAACAAAGAAGAACGAGAUCCUCGUCGCGCCGGAUAAGGACUACUUGAUGGCCGUUAUCCAAACCUUGAGCGCCAAUGCA